AUGCGUUCUCUCUUUAUCGCUGGUGCAUCAAGCACAACUUUUGAGAAGCCUUUCUUCGGGUCCUGGAAUCGUCUGCUCAAUGCCAUGUUUUCUCCUGAUAUUUUAUUCGAAGUCGUCCCUCAAUUCCCUCCUGCCACCAGUUCGCGCGAUACGGUGGACCUCGUUAUUCUUCUCCUCGUUCAUGUUAACACCUCGCCUGUUUUCAUUGUUGAAGUUAAGCCACCCGCUGAGUUUCAUCGCAACUCCAAGCAACAGGAGGCGGAUAGCCAAAUGCGUCAGCAUUUCCUGGAUAUGGCUGCUGAUAUGCAGAUCCCAGUAUUUUAUAGUGUACCUGCAUUCGACAUGAGGAUCACAUUUUACAAAUAUGUCAAAGCUGCAAAUAUGUUAGAGCUGAAGAGGAUCACCCCGAUUCACAGUUUUUAA